UGUCCUCCCUCUCCCCUGGGGAAGGGCCGGGCUGGGUCAGGACUGGGGCUGGGACUGACUGUGGCGCGGCGCUGCGGCUCCUUGCACCGGCCAGAAAGCGGGAGCCGCGGAUCCCCGAAGCCCUUGGUUUUCCGGGCACCGACUGAGUGGGGAUCGGGGACAGGAGUGGGGGCGCCCUCGGUCCUAACCCCGCCCCCGCUCUCUCCCCGCAGCGGGGGCGCCCCGCCCCCUGGGCGCCCGACGUGGACGCGGCCGCUGCCGCCGCUGCCGCCGCGCGGGAGUCGCUGUCCGCGGAGCAGAUAUGCAGGCGGCGCGGGGCGGCGCGGGGCGGCCGGGCCGGGAGGGCCGCAGGCUGGAGUGCGAGCGGGAGCGGCCGCCGGGUGCAGGAGCCGCCAUGCCCCCCGGGCCGCCGUGCGCCUGGCCGCCCCGCGCCGCGCUCCGCCUGUGGCUGGGCUGCGUCUGCUUCGCGCUGGUGCAGGCGGACAGCCCCUCGGCCCCCGUGAAUGUCACCGUCAGGCACCUCAAGGCCAACUCUGCAGUGGUCAGCUGGGAUGUCCUGGAGGAUGAGGUUGUCAUCGGGUUUGCCAUCUCUCAGCAGAAGAAGGAUGUGCGGAUGCUACGCUUCAUUCAGGAAGUGAACACAACCACCCGAUCAUGUGCUCUCUGGGACCUGGAGGAGGACACAGAAUACAUCGUGCACGUGCAGGCCAUCUCCAUUCAGGGCCAGAGCCCAGCUAGUGAGCCUCUGCUCUUCAAGACCCCACGGGAGGCAGAGAAGAUGGCCUCUAAGAAUAAAGAUGAGGUGACCAUGAAGGAGAUGGGGAGGAACCAGCAGCUGCGAACAGGCGAGGUGCUGAUCAUCGUCGUAGUCCUCUUCAUGUGGGCAGGCGUUAUAGCCCUCUUCUGCCGCCAGUAUGACAUCAUCAAGGACAAUGAGCCCAAUAACAACAAGGAAAAAACCAAGAGUGCGUCAGAAACCAGCACACCAGAGCACCAGGGUGGAGGGCUCCUCCGCAGCAAGAUAUGAAGCCUUUCCAGUGCUUGCUCUGAGCAGCUCAGAAGACAGUAGAGAAUGUGAGAGGACCUCACUGUUCUGACAAUGACUAUCUGACAAACAUCUUGCCCUCUCUGCGUCUCCUCCCCCGUCCAUCCUCUCCUAUCAUCGGGCUUUACUAUCUUCUCUCUUGGCUUCUUUCUGA